CGGGAUUUCUACAACUUUUGAGAACGAGUGCAGAAAUAUUUGCUGCCACGUUCUGUGACUUUCACCGACUCUCCAACAGCACAUCCAAAAUCUUCCUUAUUCACUUCCACUGCAGAAUGGCUUUCACCAGUACCUUCUGCACUGAAGGGGUCUCUUCGAUACCAGUUUUCUUCCAGUUUUCCUCCUCCCCUCACACUGCACUCGCCCUCAACCGUCCAUUUGCAUCAUACAUUGAAGCGAAGACUUCAAACGCUAUGGUCGAAAAGCGCAAGCGCGACAUUGCCCUACUUGAAGCCGAAUCAGAUACCACGACUAACUCUAUGCCACGGAAAAAGCGAAGAAAGCAGAAUACGCGUGCAGACUUCACCAUCGAUGAGAUUCGGGCCUUCAAAGACGGCAUCUCCAAGAUCAAAGACUGGACUAGCAACAUCGUCAUCAAGAAGCACGUCCAAAUUAUCUACUGGUUCGACGUUGAAAAUCUCAGCAAAGACGAAUGCGCGAAACGGUAUCCAAACAAAAAUGGCCAGCCAUGUUCAUUGACAAACAUUUUCAAAGUGUACAACACUUACGCUCCGCGUUUCUACGCUGAGAAAGGGCUGGAAUAUAUACCGCUGGGGAAACGUGUUUCGGCUCGCGCUGCUCCGAUUCUCAAGAAGAAGAAGGGAAAGAAACUAAAGAAGGAUAGGAGGAAUCCGAUGGAUGUCCGCCUUGAAGAGCUCUUUCGCGAUCUUCCGGAUCUCGCACGGCUGACUCCAUGGAGAUCCGUGCCGUCAUGUCUACAUGAUACGACCAUGAUCGAGUACCACCAUGACUUAAAAACCGAUGCCGUUGCGUUCCUCUGCAGAGUCGGCUCGACCACAUUCGGUUCCCCAUGUAGUAUACAAAUCCCCCGCGCCCACCUCCUCCGCCAUUGCACCAGUAUUCGUGAGUCUCUUCUUGAGAACCCACGCAUCGCCACUAUCACUCAUGGUCCCGAGAUCAGCGCGGAAACGAUCUGCCGUUUCGCUGCUUGCAUAAACGAGCCCCUGGAGACUUGUCUUCCAGACACCGUCACUACAGCGUACGGGACGUUCGAGCAGGAAUGGAAUCCGACGGAGCUUGAAGAUCUGUACGUCUUAGCUGUAUCACUAGGCGCAGGCGUAGUUUGCGACAUGGUAAUCAACCGCUGGGUUGAAGAGCUGCGACGUCCGGAUCCUAGGGUUGUGGUGGAUGAGUUUGGAGAAGUAAGAUACUUCGAUAUCCUCGACUUUGGGCCUGAAUUGCUCACAUUUCUGUGGCCAAACGAUAGGAGGGGGUUUGCGUUCUUCUUCAACGUGCUUUUUAGUCAAAGGAUGAGAGGGUUCGAGAGGAUGAGAAAAACACACUUAGCAAACUGGCACGAGGAUGUGAAGAGAAUUCUGAUCAGAACGCUGGAGGAGGGACGUGUUAUCGAUCUCUCAUUUGCACCGGGAGAGUCGAUAUGUGCGGCGUUCCAUCACCACAGCCCCAAGGAUUGCGAACGCCGUCUCCCUGAGAAGAUUCCAGAACCAAAGACCAGGGCCACUGCCGCACCCAAAACGUCCGCCCGCCCAACACUUAACCCCAGACGUGCCAGGUACGACGAUUCCAAGGAAGACACAUCACACAUCCUGCGCCUCACCAUCCCACCCUUCGCACAUACCUACAACAAGCAACCGCAGAUCUCACCCAUCGAACUCGACCCUAUAUACGCGCUUGCCCAGCGCAGCACCGACCGACAGCGCGAGCACAGGAACGACCACUUCAACAAGCGCAUCCAGUACGCGAAUGACAGGUUCAACGCUCAUCACGACAGCGGAGAUGUCUGUUACGAGAAGCUGCGGAUGUGCCGGGAGACAAUAGCGCUGUUUCAGGCGCACGGGAUUGAGAUUAGUGAUGAAGAGGUGGAGGAAGCUGUUGUCGAGCAGGAACGGACGCAUGGAGAAGAUGGGGGCGAGAGCCAGGACGAAGAAGGUGAUGUGGAGGACGAGAGCGAGGAAGAAGAGUUCUACGAUGUCUAAGAAGCGAUUUCUGAGCGAGCGGGAAAUGCGAUGGCUUGAUGCACUAUCUACAACUUUCAGAGAACUAUCGACUAAAGGUAUACGCAAGUGCAAAUAAAUCACAAAACCAAAUUUAUGUUUCGCUUCGCU